AUCAUAGAGAAUGGCAUCGUCAUUGUCCGUCACCGUGUCCGAGUGCAGCCUCUGCAAGGAGGAGUAUGAGCCGUCGGGCAGCAAAGGGCCUCGGGUGCUCAGAUGCGGUGAGUGCUCUCCAGCAAACGCCACACCACCUGUGCUGUGCUUUGCUGUGCUGUGUGUUGUCUGCUGCGUGUUUGGUCAGGCCAUUCGUUCUGUGCUCAGGUAGUGAGUGACGCACACGCCGGGUGCCUAACCUGCCAGGCUGGGCUGCACGCAUGGCUUGGAUGUCAUGUUUGCAAUCAGUGCAUCGUGGCGCUCAUCAACCAACACCCUCAUGGCCACCGCCAGGCCAUCUGCCCCCUCUGCAAGUACGCUCACACACACAACACACACACACACACACACACAACACACAUCUAUCUAAAGCUGCUCUUUCUUGGGUGUGUGUGUGUGUGUGUGUUAGGGAGGUGACUGCGGAGGUGUGUGCGCGUGACAACUAUUUGGCGCGCGAGUGUGUGGAGCAGCAGUGGCAGCUGCGGGCGGCCUUGGAGCCGGAUGCUCCCAUGCCCCCGACCAAGGUCGUGUUCCGCGUCCGCCUCCCGACCGACUACUUCUACAGCCGCCGCCUCGGCAGACGCUGGGUGGAGCGUGUGCGGCUCGUGGGCAACCUCCCGACACUAGGUAGGUAGGUAUAUCUCGUUAGUACUAACGCCGCCCGUUGGAAUGAAUGAGUCAAUGAAUGAUGCCACCCACAGGUUCGUGGGAUCCUAUGAAGGGCCUGGAGCUGACCACAAGUGACGCCAUGUGAGAGGAGCGUUGGCGGCGGUGGCUGUGUCACUCAUAGUGUCUGUCUGUCUGUCUGUCGGUCGGUCGGUCGGUGUGUGCGUCAGGUAUCCUGUGUGGCAGUCGCAGCCAAUCAACGUGCCUCUUGGGGAGAAGGUGGAGUACAAGUACGUGACGGUCGACACCUGGUGUCGGCAGCUUCGCAUCAAGUGGGAGGACCGCAAAGCCAACAGAGAACUCAUCCCUUGGGGUACGCGAAGCCAAGCCGCGCCGUGUCAGACAGACGCGACACAGUGUCUGGUGUGCAUCCGUCCAUCUGCACAGUUGAGGGCGGCAGUGUUGUUGGUAGCUUCGGCUACCGCGUGGUGCAUGACGACCUGGGCAGCAUGUGAGCCCCGACGGACACAACGCGGCUGCCUCAUCUCACCAUCCAUGUGUGUGCCUGCGUCUGUCUGUCUGUCGCUCAGCCCCUCGGCACACGCCGCCUGCAUCACCGACUGGCUGGGCGGCAGUGCACACCUCACUCUCCACUACUGGUACGGACGCACCACACACGUGGAUGUGCCUUUCAUCCACUGUGUGUGUGUGUGUGCGUGUGUGUGCGUGUGUGUGUGUGUGUGUAUGUCAGCUCAUCGCGUGACGGCAAGACGUACGACGAUCUACUCCGCCACGUGGGCAGCAAGCACCGGGUGGUGUUGGUCAUCAGCCACGGCGCACACCUCUUCGGGUGCUACGUCCAUGAAGGCCUCCAGCCGCCCCAGAACUCCAGCAGCAAGCACAGCUACGCCAGUGUGGUGUGGUGGUUCUCCCUGGCCGGCGGCCACUUCGACACCCCCACCAAGGUGCUGGUCCAGGACACAAGAACGGGCCAUGAUAAUGAUGCCGAUGCUGAGCGCAGUGCCGUCAGUGUGUGUGUGGCUGGUGACAAGUGCGUCCGGUGCGGCGACGGGGCGUGCGUGUCUAUCGGAUGGCUGUGUCUGGGGUGGGGGGGGCGCUGGCGGCACGUGUGAGGCCGACAUCCGGCGCUGUUUUCAGUGCCCGCCGAAACGGUGCUGGGGCGACGCGGAUGACUGGCGUGACGCCGUCUUCACGGCUGAUGAAAUUCAGGUUGUGGCGGUGCAGUAGAAUGGCGGGCGGGGGCUGGGGAGGGGGGUAUUGUACAUAGAUCGCAUCGACAGCGGAGGGAAAGUGCCAUGGCACCACCUGACGAGAGUGUCGUUCUCCUCCAUCUGGCUAUUGUCAUUCAUUCAUUGAUCCAUUCAUUCGUCCAGUGUGGGUGAGUGGAUGUACUACAGUGGUUGGUGGGGGUGGGGGCGGCUUCUGUGUGAGUUGAGUGUGUGUGAUUGUGUGAGUGUGUGUGAUUG